GUAGAACCGGAACCGGUCAUUUCCGUUUGUUUGCAAAUCAUGGGAGCCGAGGAUAAUUCCACACCAACAUACAGCAAUCCAGAGCAGCAUCGCAAAUUGUUUAUUGGAGGUUUGAGUUUUAGUACGACAGAAGAAAAAUUAAAAGGUUAUUUCGAAAAAUAUGGUGAAGUAGUCGAUUGCGUUGUUAUGACCGAUCCCCAAUCUCAUAAAUCACGUGGAUUUGGGUUCAUUACAUAUGCUUCAGUUGAAGAGGUAGAUAAAUGUCAGCAAGCUCGACCUCAUAAGAUUGAUAAUCGAACUGUCGAGCCUAAAAGAGCUAUGCCUAGGGAAGACUCAUCAAAAGCAAACCCAACAGUAAAAAAGAUAUUUGUUGGUGGGCUAAAGGAUGUACUGGAAGAGGAUGACUUAAGAAGCUAUUUUGAAAAGUUUGGUAAAAUAGAAAAUGUUGAAGUUAUUACAGAGAAAGGAACAGACAAAAAACGAGGUUUCGGUUUUGUUACUUUCGAUGAUUAUGAUCCAGUUGAUAAAAUAAUUCUUCUAAAAAACCAUAAAAUAAACAACAUGACUUUGGAUGUUAAAAAGGCUAUUCCAAAAGAGCAAAUAAAUGCGCAAAGAGCCGAUCGGGAGCCAAUGGGACGAUCUGGACCUCCUGGAAGAAUGGGACCGUAUGGAAAUAGAGGAGACUACGGUUAUGAAAGGAAUGGACCAGGGUACAAAGAUUAUGGACGAGGAGGAUAUGAUGACUAUGGCGGGGGAAGAAGAGGCUAUGAUGGCUAUGCCGGACCAGGAUACCUAGAUGAACCACCAAUGAGAGGCGGCUUCAGAGAUUCUUGGAGUGGUGGUGGAUACAGCAAUUAUAGGGAUGGCUACGGUGGUGGACCCAUGAGGAGUGGAGGAUAUCGAUCAUCAGGCCCAUAUAGUGCUGGUUAUGGUAGUGGAAAUGGAAGGUAUGGUGAUGGAUAUGGCUAUGGUCGUAGAUAAAUGGACAUUUAUUUGGUAUGUUUUUUUUAGUUUUUGAUUCGCGAGUUAUUGACUUAAAAUAACUUACAGUGUGCGAUAUUUCUAUGUUGUGUUCAAUACAGAAGCGAACAGAUAUAUAUAUAUAUAUAUAUAU